AGAGCUUGGCUUUUCUGGCUGUGGACGCGACCUCCCAGGCAAUGACGCUGUCGACGACGCGGAUCGCGCGAGAGCCUCAGACAUACGCAGCACUACCAGCGCCCAGAAGGGAUCCACCAGCACCGGCUGUGAAUGCGUGCGGCAUGAUGUUUUUCGGGUUCAUGGGCUUCACAAUCGUCGCCUUUGUGAUGCUGGUGUCCGCUCUUUUCCUGAAGGAGAAUGUAUUUCGUGGGUAUGCAUCAACAGGGCAUUCUACGGUGAGCCAGUACAUGGUGCCAACCCUACGGACGCACGCAGUGCACGUGCACAGUGAUACGCACGUUUGCUUCUCAGACACCUCGACGUGGCCCGAGAUGCUGAAAAGUUUUUGCUGCGAGAACUAUGGUACCGGCGAAGGAUGUGCUCACCAGCACAGUGACUUCAAGCUCAAGACGGCGCACCACAAAUAUGCAUGCGACUCCGUGAAGACUUCGUCGUGGGACCCGAUGCACAGUGAGUACUGCUGCGAGAACUACCGUAUUGGCUGUGAUCAGAUUCACAAGCGGGCACAAGCCCAUGUGGAUGGUCAUCACCCCGCUCAUCACUAUCACCUCCGCGCAUACCGUGCCCACACAGCCUAUCAGUCGUCGACGAUUGUCCAUCCAUACCAUACCUACCACACUGUCGAGACGUUCAGGCCCAGUGAUGGUCACUACUACCACAACCACUACGGUUACGACCCUCUUUAUUUUGGCGCUCACCAGACACCGCAUGACGAGCAUGUCGUAUUUGAUGAAGGUGCUACCAUUCCUGCCCGCUAUCCCGCUGUGCUCCCUGACACUGGAUAUCAUUCUUUUGGAGAACCCGACCUUGUCUUUGGACAUGGACAUCAGGCCCUCCCUGGUGACAGCUGGGAAGCUGCACCAGCGGAAGUGGAGAAUGUGCCCUCGGAUACUGAAGCCUUCGAGACAGGUGAGCCCCAGGUGAUCGAUGCAGAUGCAGAGGGAGAGAUGGCGGAGGUGGAGCCAGAGGCUGCGGCAGAGACGGCGGGAGAGAUGGCAGAGGUGGAGCCGGGGGCUGCGGCAGAGACAAUGGAAGAGACGGCGGAGGCGGAGCCAGAGGCGGAGCCAGAGGCUGCGGCAGAGACGGCGGGAGAGAUGGCGGAGGCUGCGGCAGAGACGGCGGGAGAGGCGGGAGAGGUGGAGCCGGAGGCUGCGGCAGAGACGGCGGGAGAGAUGGCAGAGGUGGAGCCAGAGGCUGCGGCACAAACAGAGGCGGAGCCGGAGGCCGCGGCAGAGACGGCGGGAGGGGCGGAGGUGGAGCCGGAGGCUGCAGCAGAGACGGCGGAGGAGCCGGAGGCUGCGGCACAGACAGAGGCAACGACUUCUGAUGAGGCGAAUUCAAUUCAGGUAGCUUCUGCAGAUUCCGAGUCCACAGAGGCCAAUGGGGCCCAGAAAUGAAUUUAGCCCCACGACAUGCCGACUUGCCAGGGAUGGAGUCAUGCUAGGACACAAGUCGCCAGCAGUCACUGGAUGAUGCCAGCCUGCCAUUGAGGCUCAGUGCUCUCGAAACUGGGACUUGGGUUGAUACUCCAAAACA